AUGGAUUAUGGUGGUUAUUUCGCUGCUGCAGCAGCAACAACUGGUAUGAACAAUGAACGCACUGCUCUGGAUGCGUUCGGCUUGAACUCAAGCCUGAAUUUCUCAAGCCCAGCUACCAGUACUGGGACUGCCAUGGCCACAGCAUACGUUAACACUGUUCCACAACAGCAGCAGCAGCAUCCUCAACAACUCUAUGGGCAAUACUCCGCGGCCGCUGCAGCCGCGGCUAUUUCAGGAUUGCACUAUAAGCUUUACCAAAAUCAAACAUCGCUUUUGUCAACAGCGGAUGCAAUGCGCAGCAAUCCAGCUAGUUUGAUGGCUGGUAUUCAAGGACCAUCACUUGUCGGUGCAAUUUGCGGCAGUGGCAAUCCAGCAGAAAGGAGAAAGCAGCGCCGGAUCAGGACAACGUUCACAUCUGGACAACUGAAAGAAUUGGAAAGCGCUUUCUUGGAGACGCAUUAUCCGGAUAUCUAUACACGGGAGGAUUUGGCAAUGCGAAUUGAUCUCACUGAAGCUCGAGUACAGGUAUGGUUCCAAAAUCGACGAGCGAAAUUCCGCAAACAGGAGAAAAUGCGUCGUAUCAAAGAAGAGGCGCACGCACGUGAGGAUGCACAACCGACCGGUGAUAAUUCCGGGAAGAAGCACGCUACAGAAAGUGAUGAUACAAGAAACAGUGGGCACGAAGUGUCCUCUAGCAGUAGCAUUUUACUUGACAGCAUGUUACAAUAA